AGGGUCCCAGCAGAGCCCAGCGGCAGGCGGGCGGGCAGCCGCGGGGGACUCCGGAGGCUGCGGGGGCUAUGGCCGGGGUCGCGUGCCUGGGGAAGGCUGCAGACGCGGAUGAGUGGUGUGACAGCGGCCUGGGCUCACUGGGUCCGGACGCAGCAGCCCCCGGAGGACCAGGGCUGGGCGCGGAGUUGGGCCCGGGGCUGUCGUGGGCGCCCCUCGUCUUCGGCUACGUCACUGAAGAUGGGGACACGGCACUGCACUUGGCCGUGAUUCAUCAGCACGAGCCCUUCUUGGAUUUCCUCCUGAGCUUCGCCGCUGGCACUGAGUACCUGGACCUACAGAAUGACCUGGGCCAGACAGCCCUGCACCUGGCAGCCAUCCUGGGAGAGGCGUCAACAGUGGAGAAGUUGUACGCGGCGGGCGCCGGGUUGCAGAUGGCGGAACGCAGGGGCCAAACGGCGCUGCACCUGGCCUGCCGCACGGGGGCGCACGCCUGCGCACGCGCGCUGCUACAGCCCCGCCCCCGGCACGUCCGGGGAGCCGCCGACACCUGCCACAUCCGGGACCCCGACCACACCCCUGACACUGACCAAGCCCUUGUGGCCUUGUACCCUGAACCCGACGUGGAAAAGGAAGAGGAGGAGAGUGAGGAGGACUGGAAGCUACAGCUGGAGGCUGAGAACUACGAGGGCCACACCCCACUACAUGUGGCUGUCAUCCACAAGGAUGCUGAGAUGAUCCAGCUGCUCCGGGAGGCUGGAGCUGACCUCAACAAACCGGAGCCCACGUGUGGCCGGAGCCCCCUACACUUGGCGGUGGAGGCACAAGCUGCUGAUGUGCUGGAGCUUCUCCUGAGAGGGGGUGCAGACCCUGCUGCCCGCAUGUACGGUGGCCGCACCCCACUGGGCAGUGCCUCACUCCGGCCCAACCCCAUACUCACCCGCCUCCUCCGUGCACAUGGAGCCCCUGAGGACGAGGAUGACAAGCCUGGCCACUGCAGCAGCAGCAGCAGCAGUGACAGUGACAGCGGGGAUGAGGGCGAUGAAUACGAUGACAUCGUGGUCCACAGUGUCCGAAGCCAAAGCCAGCUACCUCCCACCCCAGCCUCAAAUCCUCUCUCUGAAGACCUCAUCUAAUUUGUUUAAUUGUUAAUAUAAUUUCCAAUUUAAUAAAACAACAGUUCUGACAAUGAGA